AUGCCUGUCCCAGGUUGGACUAAGAUGUCGGAGGAGCAGCGCGAGCUGGCGAGGGACUGGUAUAGCCGCGGGAAGAAGCCAUCCGAGAUAGCUGAGCUGCUAGGUAGGGACACCUCGACCAUGACACGGCUUCUGUGUAUGCAGAAACAGCCGAAGAAACAGGGCCGGCCAAAAGCCUUGACCACGGCACAGGUCGACUUGCUCGAGCGGCGGCUGGAUGAGCUGAUCGUGAAGGUGGACGGCGCGACUACCAUCACCGUCGAGACCUUGAAGAAGGCGACAAAAUCCAAGGCAAGCACGCAAUGCAUCUUGCAUGCACUGCACAAGCGGAACAUUUACUUCCGCAAGCUUCGGGAGAAGCCUGUGCUGACGCCUGCGGAUAUCCGAGACAGGUAUGCGUUCGCGAAGAAGUAUCGUGGCAAAUCGAAGCAGUGGUGGCUUAGCAAUGUGCAUGCGUUCAUCGACGGGAAGCACUUUCAGGUUUACCUGACUGGAGCUGAACGUGUGCGUGCCGCCAAGCACGUCACGUUUGGUGCUUACCGCCGCCCUGGACAAGGUUUGUGCAAAGGCUAUGUGAAACCCAAGGAGGGCAAUCUGAGGCACAACACCGGAGCCAAGGGUGUCUUGCUGCAUGUGGGUGUCGGCGCCGGCAAGGUCAUCUCUGUCCAGGAGGUCGCAGGGCGGUGGAAUGGUAACCCGGCGAGCGUUUUCUACAAGACACUUGCCAAGGACUUGGCUAAGGCAUGGCCUGGUAAGCGCAAGUACACAGUCCUCGAGGACAAUGACCCGACCGGGUACAAGUCUUCGAAGGGUUUGGCUGCGAAGCACGAAGCCCAGAUUGGUGUCCUGGAGAUCCCGAAGCGUAGCCCAGAUCUCUCGGUCUUGGAUUAUGCCAUUUGGAAGGAGGUCAACAAGCGCCUGCGGAAGCAGGAGAAGACGUGGAGUGGCGCCAAGCGUGAGACGCGGCCGCAGUACCUGAAGCGCCUGAAGAGGACCAUCCGCAACCUGCCCAAAGCCUUCCUUGAGGACAGCAUCGGGGACAUGGUGCAGGCGAGGCCGGAGGCCACGCUGCGACCCGGCAACUUCUCCUUGACCUUGAUGUGUGAUUGGCUUGCGCCAGAGCUCGCCAUGCCUAGCUCCAGCUCCUCGUCCUCCGGCGACGAUGACUGUCCAGCUGCUGUGGCCCAGCCCGACUGGCUGACCCAGGAGGACGCUGCUGCCCGUAGCAUGGUCUUCCUGGUGACGUUCGCUGCUGUUCUGAGCGAGACUGCUCUGGAAGCCGAAACUCCUCUGAAAGACUUGGCAGACCUCUCCCGCCUCCAAGUUCGGGAUGCCUUGUUGGACGCAGUCGCGCAUCCUGUGCCGGAGGCGACUCCUCGAGGUGGGCGGCCUCGGAGCAAGGUUUUGGAGGUCGUGAAGCUCGUUGUGUUUCUGGAGGAGCCAAAGCACUUCCACGCAGCUCUCAAGCUGAACACUUCAACGCGGUUCAUGCCACUAAAACUCGCGCUGCGGCAGCGGUCUGGCUUGGCCUCGCAUUGGAGCACAACGCACAAGCAGUGGUGGAGUGCCUUGCGCUAUGGUGUUUUCACAACGGAGCGGAAGCCUGUUGUUGACUUCCAACCAGUAGCGUGGCUGAAGAGUCUCGGAAGUUUGGAGGCAAUCCAGGUUGGAGACCGUCCGUGCCAAGAGUUUGUUGUUCCUGGUAGGGAUGCAGUUGUCCUUAACCUCUACGAGGAAUCCCAGGAGCCUUGGAGUGCCACCAUGUGGACCAAGCGGCGCCAACAGGCCGAGGCUGCUGCUGCUGGUGCUGAGGCUUCCGGUGGCAAGAAAGCACGAGUCCCCAAGUUCAACCUCUUGGACUUCACGGCUCUGGUUCUGGAAAAAAAGCUGCUGACUCCAAGUGCAGUGCUAGCUUAUGUGCAGGAGUACGGCUCGCACGCCUGCCAGCUCUUCUGUGUGCGGAACCAGAAGCGGCUUUCUGAACUGAUCGCUGGUGCGGAGCAGUGGCAAGGUGCAAAGCAGCAGCAUGCACUGGAGCAGGAGAGCGACUGGGCAGUAGUGCAGAGACUCGCGCAGACAAGUUGCAGCUGUCAAGGCAGCUGUGAGUGGUCAGAGGCGGCAUGCGACUUCUUCAGCCGCAACCAUGCCACUAUUGACCAGGAGCUGCUUGCAGCCAGCUUAGCUAACGUUAUCUGCCACGGUCCGAGCAAGACAGCCCGUGUCCCCAUGCUAGCCGGCACGACCAAUGCCGGGAAGAGUAUGAUCUUGGAUCCACUUGUCAACGUCUUCGGCCGAAACGCAGUGGACUUUUGCCCAGCCCUCGGAGCAUCGAUGGCCCUGAGUUCGCUGGCGACCAACAAAGCUAUUCGCUUCAUCUACUGGGACGAGUUCUCUCCUACAGAGUUUGCGUCUCGCCCAGCAAGGUCGCCCACAGUGCCUGCCGUGACUUUCAAGAAGCUUUUUGCGGGCCAAAUCUUGCGAAUUCAGGUGAGCCAGUCGCAUCACGAUGGCAAUCCUGAUUUCAAGUGGACGAGAGGUGCAGCACUCACGGCUCCGCUGGAGGGACUGUGGGAUGCAACCUCACCGGUUUCCCGAGAGGAUGUGCGGCAUAUGCAAAGUCGCGUCAUCCAAUUUGAUGCUCAUGUUGCCAUCAAUGGGGCCUUAAAGAAGGUACCACAUUGUUGGACUAAGAUGUCGGAGGAGCAGCGCGAGCUGGCGAGGGACUGGUAUAGCCGCGGGAAGAAGCCAUCCGAGAUAGCUGAGCUGCUAGGUAGGGACACCUCGACCAUGACACGGCUUCUGUGUAUGCAGAAACAGCCGAAGAAACAGGGCCGGCCAAAAGCCUUGACCACGGCACAGGUCGACUUGCUCGAGCGGCGGCUGGAUGAGCUGAUCGUGAAGGUGGACGGCGCGACUACCAUCACCGUCGAGACCUUGAAGAAGGCGACAAAAUCCAAGGCAAGCACGCAAUGCAUCUUGCAUGCACUGCACAAGCGGAACAUUUACUUCCGCAAGCUUCGGGAGAAGCCUGUGCUGACGCCUGCGGAUAUCCGAGACAGGUAUGCGUUCGCGAAGAAGUAUCGUGGCAAAUCGAAGCAGUGGUGGCUUAGCAAUGUGCAUGCGUUCAUCGACGGGAAGCACUUUCAGGUUUACCUGACUGGAGCUGAACGUGUGCGUGCCGCCAAGCACGUCACGUUUGGUGCUUACCGCCGCCCUGGACAAGGUUUGUGCAAAGGCUAUGUGAAACCCAAGGAGGGCAAUCUGAGGCACAACACCGGAGCCAAGGGUGUCUUGCUGCAUGUGGGUGUCGGCGCCGGCAAGGUCAUCUCUGUCCAGGAGGUCGCAGGGCGGUGGAAUGGUAACCCGGCGAGCGUUUUCUACAAGACACUUGCCAAGGACUUGGCUAAGGCAUGGCCUGGUAAGCGCAAGUACACAGUCCUCGAGGACAAUGACCCGACCGGGUACAAGUCUUCGAAGGGUUUGGCUGCGAAGCACGAAGCCCAGAUUGGUGUCCUGGAGAUCCCGAAGCGUAGCCCAGAUCUCUCGGUCUUGGAUUAUGCCAUUUGGAAGGAGGUCAACAAGCGCCUGCGGAAGCAGGAGAAGACGUGGAGUGGCGCCAAGCGUGAGACGCGGCCGCAGUACCUGAAGCGCCUGAAGAGGACCAUCCGCAACCUGCCCAAAGCCUUCCUUGAGGACAGCAUCGGGGACAUGGUGCAGGCGAGGCCGGAGGCCACGCUGCGACCCGGCAACUUCUCCUUGACCUUGAUGUGUGAUUGGCUUGCGCCAGAGCUCGCCAUGCCUAGCUCCAGCUCCUCGUCCUCCGGCGACGAUGACUGUCCAGCUGCUGUGGCCCAGCCCGACUGGCUGACCCAGGAGGACGCUGCUGCCCGUAGCAUGGUCUUCCUGGUGACGUUCGCUGCUGUUCUGAGCGAGACUGCUCUGGAAGCCGAAACUCCUCUGAAAGACUUGGCAGACCUCUCCCGCCUCCAAGUUCGGGAUGCCUUGUUGGACGCAGUCGCGCAUCCUGUGCCGGAGGCGACUCCUCGAGGUGGGCGGCCUCGGAGCAAGGUUUUGGAGGUCGUGAAGCUCGUUGUGUUUCUGGAGGAGCCAAAGCACUUCCACGCAGCUCUCAAGCUGAACACUUCAACGCGGUUCAUGCCACUAAACCUCGCGCUGCGGCAGCGGUCUGGCUUGGCCUCGCAUUGGAGCACAACGCACAAGCAGUGGUGGAGUGCCUUGCGCUAUGGUGUUUUCACAACGGAGCGGAAGCCUGUUGUUGACUUCCAACCAGUAGCGUGGCUGAAGAGUCUCGGAAGUUUGGAGGCAAUCCAGGUUGGAGACCGUCCGUGCCAAGAGUUUGUUGUUCCUGGUAGGGAUGCAGUUGUCCUUAACCUCUACGAGGAAUCCCAGGAGCCUUGGAGUGCCACCAUGUGGACCAAGCGGCGCCAACAGGCCGAGGCUGCUGCUGCUGGUGCUGAGGCUUCCGGUGGCAAGAAAGCACGAGUCCCCAAGUUCAACCUCUUGGACUUCACGGCUCUGGCUCUGGAAAAAAAGCUGCUGACUCCAAGUGCAGUGCUAGCUUAUGUGCAGGAGUACGGCUCGCACGCCUGCCAGCUCUUCUGUGUGCGGAACCAGAAGCGGCUUUCUGAACUGAUCGCUGGUGCGGAGCAGUGGCAAGGUGCAAAGCAGCAGCAUGCACUGGAGCAGGAGAGCAGCUGUGAGUGGUCAGAGGCGGCAUGCGACUUCUUCAGCCGCAACCAUGUGGAGUUUGCAACUAGGUUUGCAACUAGGCUUGCGCCAGAGCUCGCCAUGCCUAGCUCCAGCUCCUCGUCCUCCGGCGACGAUGACUGUCCAGCUGCUGUGGCCCGGCUGACCCAGGAGGACGCUGCUGCCCGUAGCAUGGUCUUCCUGGUGACGUUCGCUGCUGUUCUGAGCGAGACUGCUCUGGAAGCCGAAACUCCUCUGAAAGACUUGGCAGCCCUCUCCCGCCUCCAAGUUCGGGAUGCCUUGUUGGACGCAGUCGCGCAUCCUGUGCCGGAGGCGACUCCUCGAGGUGGGCGGCCUCGGAGCAAGGUUUUGGAGGUCGUGAAGCUCGUUGUGUUUCUGGAGGAGCCAAAGCACUUCCACGCAGCUCUCAAGCUGAACACUUCAACGCGGUUCAUGCCACUAAAACUCGCGCUGCGGCAGCGGUCUGGCUUGGCCUCGCAUUGGAGCACAACGCACAAGCAGUGGUGGAGUGCCUUGCGCUAUGGUGUUUUCACAACGGAGCGGAAGCCUGUUGUUGACUUCCAACCAGUAGCGUGGCUGAAGAGUCUCGGAAGUUUGGAGGCAAUCCAGGUUGGAGACCGUCCGUGCCAAGAGUUUGUUGUUCCUGGUAGGGAUGCAGUUGUCCUUAACCUCUACGAGGAAUCCCAGGAGCCUUGGAGUGCCACCAUGUGGACCAAGCGGCGCCAACAGGCCGAGGCUGCUGCUGCUGGUGCUGAGGCUUCCGGUGGCAAGAAAGCACGAGUCCCCAAGUUCAACCUCUUGGACUUCACGGCUCUGGUUCUGGAAAAAAAGCUGCUGACUCCAAGUGCAGUGCUAGCUUAUGUGCAGGAGUACGGCUCGCACGCCUUCCAGCUCUUCUGUGUGCGGAACCAGAAGCGGCUUUCUGAACUGAUCGCUGGUGCGGAGCAGUGGCAAGGUGCAAAGCAGCAGCAUGCACUGGAGCAGGAGAGCGACUGGGCAGUAUUGCAGAGACUCGCGCAGACAAGUUGCAGCUGUCAAGGCAGCUGUGAGUGGUCAGAGGCGGCAUGCGACUUCUUCAGCCGCAACCAUGCCACUAUUGACCAGGAGCUGCUUGCAGCCAGCUUAGCUAACGUUAUCUGCCACGGUCCGAGCAAGACAGCCCGUGUCCCCAUGCUAGCCGGCACGACCAAUGCCGGGAAGAGUAUGAUCUUGGAUCCACUUGUCAACGUCUUCGGCCGAAACGCAGUGGACUUUUGCCCAGCCCUCGGAGCAUCGAUGGCCCUGAGUUCGCUGGCGACCAACAAAGCUAUUCGCUUCAUCUACUGGGACGAGUUCUCUCCUACAGAGUUUGCGUCUCGCCCAGCAAGGUCGCCCACAGUGCCUGCCGUGACUUUCAAGAAGCUUUUUGCGGGCCAAAUCUUGCGAAUUCAGGUGAGCCAGUCGCAUCACGAUGGCAAUCCUGAUUUCAAGUGGACGAGAGGUGCAGCACUCACGGCUCCGCUGGAGGGACUGUGGGAUGCAACCUCACCGGUUUCCCGAGAGGAUGUGCGGCAUAUGCAAAGUCGCGUCAUCCAAUUUGAUGCUCAUGUUGCCAUCAAUGGGGCCUUAAAGAAGGUACCACAUUGCGCCUCGAGCUGGUGCAGAUUCGUAACGGAAUCCUCUGCUGCGUACGCAGCACGCCGUCAAAGGCACUUGAGUGCCAGCGCAGCAGACCCGGUGAUUGAUGAGGAAGACCUGUAA